AAGCUCUCUCUGAUAUAUGUUGUUGUUCUCCAUCGAGAGAGAGAGACAGAGAGAGGAGAAGAUGAUGAUGAUGGAGGGAUUGAAGAACAAGAAGAAGGAAGAGAGCUUUCAUGUCAUCCACAAAGUUCCAGCUGGGGAUAGCCCUUAUGUCAGAGCUAAGCACCUACAGCUAGUUGAAAAAGAUCAUGAAUCAGCCAUCAUCUGGUUUUGGAAAGCAAUAAACGCGGGUGACAGAGUAGACAGUGCCCUCACCAUCAAAUCCUUUCGCCACCUCUGCUCAAAACAAGCUCAAGAUUCCCUCGACAACCUCCUCAUCGACCUCUACAAGAAAUGUGGCCAGAUCGACCAACAGAUCCAACUCCUCAAACAAAAACUACGGGCCAUUUACUUGGGCGAAGCGUUCAAUGGAAAAACCACCAAGACCGCGAGAUCUCACGGAAAGAAGUUUCAAGUCUCGAUCCAACAAGAGACGGCGAGAAUUUUGGGAAACCUUGGAUGGGCUUAUAUGCAACAGAAUAACUAUGAUGCAGCUGAGGUUGUCUAUAGAAAGGCUCAGUUGGUUGAACCGGAUGCAAACAAGGCUUGCAAUCUCGGCCUUUGCCUUAUGAAAAUGGGGAGAUUUGACGAUGCACGUUGUGUUCUCGGUGAUGUUGUGAAUAGGAGAUACUCGGAUUUAAGUUUGGAUGAGAGUAACAAGACGGUGGCUCGAGCUGAGGAGAUGAUGAAGGAGAUUGAGGAGUUGAGGAUGAAGGAUGAGGUUUCUUCAGUGGAGGAGAUUAUGGAGAGGUUGGAUGUGAUGAACGAAUGGACUCCUUUUAGGUCAAGGAGAUUGCCUAUCUUUGAGGAGAUAACUCCUUUCAGAGAUCAGAUGGCUUGUUGAUUUAAUUUGUUCUCUUGAAUAGUUUUUUUGUAUGUUAAUAGUUGUUAAGAGGAGAAGAAGGGUGUUUUGUGUAUAUGUUUGUCGAGUUCUCUUGUGCGUAACGAUGGGUAAUGAGGUGACUGGGGAUGGUGGUUAGCGUACAAGCUAGCUGUUUGAAAAGUUAAAUCUGCUUUGUUUUUUUAUCGCAAAGAGGACAAUUAUUGGUCUUUUUAAGUCUUCAAUUAUUGAGCUUCUUCUGUAGGAAACAUGAAGUUUUGACCUUGUUA